UUUUUUCUGAAAGAAGCGUCAAAUUUUAAAAGUACUUCGUUGUCGCAAAUUAAUUGAUACGCAGAUCAUUAACCUUUUCGGAUCCAAGCAGAAAAUAGAAUCCAGACUAAUGUUGGUUGCUUUGAAAUUUGGAAAAGUACUGCAGUCAGCUUACAAAAAUUGUUUCCCAGGUAAAAAUUAAUCCUUAUCGUACAUCUUCGAACUCACUGAAGUCAAUUGAAGUUUCAUAUAUAGAACAUUUGUGAAGUGGAAGGUUAUGUGCCAUUUUUAACCCUAGUCUUGCCUACAGCCUGAAAUUAGCACUGCAGUCAUGAACUAUAUAAGCAAAAACAGAGCAACGAUUGUGGUAUUACUUUUCUCCAUUUUGAAUGGUUAUGUAGAAGGUCUAUUCCAUGAAAAUGCUUGCAGAUAGAGAACAGGGGUCGAAAUUUUAUUAAUUUAACAAUGAAAUGAAAACUUGUCCCAUUUUUCAAUGGCUAACAAAGCUGCAUCACGUGACUGGUUCCCGCCAUUAAAAAAAUUUGCUGACGCUAUUUUCAGGGCGUUUAUUGCAGCGAUAAAAACACAAUAGUUUAUUUUUCUGCUGUAAAAAAACUAGGCUAUUCAGCAAGAAAGACAUGAAAAUUGGUCUUUAUCGAGUGUUGAACCACUAAUAUAUGCUGUUUCAAUACGUAUAUCUUUAUAGCCACCAAAUCCUCACGACGAUCAACUCGGAAAGCUUCCACCACCAACUCAAAGGGUAGUCAAGAUUUUUAGAUUCGAAAUGAUUUUUUGUGUUUAUUUCCUUCUGGUCGCUCUUGCUGACAACAUGUUUUGCAAUAAUGGAAACUCAAUUCAAGCAGCGAUUGCUUCUACACAGCCAAAUAUAUCUUGUUCAGUUAUUCAUGGGGAAGAUAAAAAGAUAUUUUCAUGGAAUCCCAACCAAACAUAUCAUAUAGAUGUUAUUUUAUACGAAGCAGCUUGGAAAACUCUCAUCAAAUGUGUUAGUGACAAGAUUCUUGCAUUCAAAUACGAAAUUAAAGUAUUAAAUACCGUUUCUAACAACAGUCUUGAAUCAGAAACAGUCCUCUCAGCAACCUCAAAUACAUCGGACACAGUUUUAUUUUCUUUCGAAAAACAGUUCCUUGAAAUGAGUGAGGGCACAAAUAUGCCUUUCAUAAUGAACAUUAUUGAAUCAAACACGACUUGGCUGUUUUUACAAGGAAACUUCUCUCGCCUUGCCAAGCUUCCAAGUUUUUCACAGCUUCCUCUUAACCAAAGUUUUCUUGAGUCUGCUUACAACAGAACCUCGUGGCAAUUCAAACCGUAUUCAUGCAAUCCCAAUUUGGUUAUUGUUCUUCCGGCAAACCUUUCCAAUUUCAAGAAUGGUAGGUUGCAUUUUCGGCUAUUUUUGAUUUAAUAAAUUUUAAGUUUAGAGGCCCAAUUAGUCAGUAUGUGACAUAUCUUCAUGAAGAGAAACCCAAAACUCCCACUUUCCACAAUAAUUAUUCAUUGCUGACUAACUCAGUCACGAACUACAACAAUACUCAGCACUUGAAUGAAUUAUGACUUUUUAAAUUACCAAUAGGCCUAGUGUUAAAGUUGUAAAAAGUUUAAUAACCAAUAGGCCUAGAGCAAUUAGCGGCACCUUGAGCUUCAAAAAUAUCUAACAGAAAAGGUUUGAUUGUCAUCAUAAUGGAAAUAUCUUAUGGAGAGAUGCAAGAGCCAUGACCCUCUGCUCAUUCUUAGAAAGAUUCUUGCUUAUUUACUCGCAAGAGGCUCUAUCCUUUCAUAAUGCUGAACGUUUGGAAGAUAAGAAAUCAUAAGAAAACGUUUGAAAGAGUGUAGUUUUUAGUUAUUCCACAAUUUCAAAACGUUUUGCAAGGUAAUUUGAGACAUUCUUUUAAUGAAGUUCGUAAACCAAUGCGCACACGAUCUAUUUUUCGUUUUUCGUGCAAAUUUUGAAUAUCAGGUGUGAUCUAGCGGUACAAAAUGCUUAUUUAGAAUAUUUUUGAAUCAACUGAAACGCUUUUUCUUGUUUUCAAAGCAUUACUCUCAGGUGCAAAAUUUUUUACAAUAAAAAGUUUUUGAACCUUUUCAACAAUUAAUAGCACUUUUGAUACCCAAUCCCAAUUUUUAUAUAAUUUCACAUAUCUUAUCCCUUCAGAUAACAAAACCUGAUUUAUAAGCAAAAAAACACAAUCUUAAAAUGAUAUCGAUCUUAUCAAACCUUAUAAUGAACCUUUUUCAUUUAAAAUUGUAUUCAGUAGACUCUGUUUAUUUCAAGGUUUCCCUUUGGGCUUCGCAUUUACUGCAAAUCAACUCACGGUGUUAGAAUGGGAAAACAUUACAUUGAAAGAUCUUAAUUAUGAAAUGCUAGUCACGGUACAGAAUAGCAGCUUGUUGCUACACAAUGAGACACAGUUAUUCUUCAUUCCAAGCAUCGCUGAAAGUACUUCACCGGAAAGCAUAGUUCAGGUAUUCAAGAAAGAUGAACUGUCUUCGCUGCAAAUUUCCAAGAUCCUUUCAAUAUCAUCAUCACAUAGAUGUAAUGAAAAUAUCCACGUCUCCUGGUUUGAUGUUCUUACCCUCGUUCAACUGAGCAACAAAUCCAUUAGAGUCUUGAUAGGAUCAAGCUGGAACCAGCACCAAAACUGGAAGGCCUAUAGUCUACCGGACUGGCUCUCACAAGUUACGUACAUUGAGACACAAAUAGAUUUUGACAGACACUCCUUCAUCCUUGCGGCAAACAUAGGCAUGCCCAAAAGAACGAUUAUUUUGGUUUAUGACCUUGCUGAUUCAGAGAGGAAGGAGCUUAAGUUGACCUCAACUCCGUUUUUUCUUGACCACGCCUUAGAAAAGCCGAAGCUUAAAUUGCUAGCAAAAGUUCCAGCAACUCUGCUUUAUGACCAGUUUGAGAUAUGGCUUUCAAGAGAUGCAGGACACAAUUUCAGGCAAAUAUUUGGUGUCCAAAGAGACGAGAAAAUACUACAGGUAGAAACAGCUACAGAAUCUCAAAAAGAAUUAGUCAUUAUAACCACAAGCAAUGUCUUUAGAUACAGCUCAUUUGGAUUGCGAAGGCAGUUGAUCAACUCGGAUCUGCACUGCUUAGCUACAAGCCAAUCCGUAUUUAUUUCAAAUGGAAGCGAAAAGUAUACAUUUUUUUGCAGUGACUCAGUCUUUGGUCCGCCAGAUAUUCCGAAAAUUGUGAGGUUUGAUACUGACAAGUCUCUUAUUUCUUCCAUGUCAAGCAGCAUUGUAAGUGAUUUUGAAAUGAAAGUGAGCCUGCCAGAUGUGUAUAACAAUGUGCACGACAUUAUACUAAAUAUGAACAUUUUUUGUGAGAUUUCCAAGUUUCCGAAUAUACAUCUCUGUAAUGCGAAAGGAGAACAACCUCAAUCACAUACACUUAAGCUCCACCCAGAGAUGCAGUAUUACCCAAACUGUACAUAUAAACUCAAGAACUACAACAACUCUAUGUACAUUAUGACAGCAGCUCCAAACCAAGAAGGACAGUUGUGUAAACUUUGGACUGCAAGCAUGAUUGGUCGUUCUGUAAUACUUUUGAAAGCUCAAGCAUCAUGUUGGGUGAAAUGGCUACUGAAUGAUACGAUUGCUAUUGUCAACUGCUCAGCCUACAACCUGAAAGAAGAAGAAGAAUUCUUCAGUUCCUCUGAUAUUGCGAUUGUUGAUUCAAGUGGUAGUGAGAGAUGCCAGAAAAGCAGCUCACAAGUUUACAUGGCCGAUUCACCUGGAUUAUUUGAAAUAAAUUCUACUUUGUUUUCCUUUUAUGAUCAGGUAAUAGAGAUUGGUGCAAUAUAUGUUCGAUUGGAUAAUGCGGUUGGGAAACUGUCAUUCCACGAAAACAGAACAUUCUUCGCACUACUGGGCAAUGUUACGUUUGAAAAAUCAGCAUUUACCUAUGUCUGCUUCAUUACUGAUCAUGAUAGCGAUGAUAAAAGCAAAUCGCUCUUUAAAAAUAGUUUAAAACCAUGUCAUUUUGAUGUUGCAUAUCAAGGCCUACAAUCUGCAGAUGUGUUUCUGGAUGCAAAUGAUGAAACAGAAUUCAAUUUGACAUUGUCAAAGAUUCUCAAUGAACACCCUUACUUGGACCAAAUCCCGCCUUUUGCAAUACAACCGAUUGAGCCGACACACGUGAAAGUCCAGAUUAAGUCCCGUAUGAAACUCACGCCAAUGACUGUUGAGGUUCUGAUCAAGCAGAAACCGUACAGCAAUGGCACUUCACUGCUAAGUAUCUACGCUACUACGCAACCCGCGCAUUGCAAAGGAUCUCAUAAGCUGAUCACUAUUCACGGAACUUGCCCACCUGGUAAACAUCUUACCUUUGAGUAUCCUCUUGUUUAUGACAGAGACACGUGGUUGUAUGGGAAUCCAAAUGACCACGAAGGCUUUACUCGCCUUGCUACAAUUCCGUUCAACUACCAGCCACCUUCAAUACUCGGUAAAGCGAUUCCAUUGACGCCCAACAUCUACAAUGCAGACCCAAGCAAACCUAUGCACAGGUCUAGCUACAAAAUCAGUAGGGAUAUUGCCAAAUACAAGCAAUGCCAUGGGAAACAGUCAAGAGCCAGCUGCGGUUGCACACUUAACGCAACCAUUUCAUCACGGCCAGAUGAAACUGACUGUAUUCAGAGAGUGUUUAAAGUCUAUUUCAUGGAAGAGUUUACGCCCAAGCUGUUCGUUGUAGACAGAGAUGGAACAAGGACCGACCUAAAGUUUCCUUACUGCAUCACAGAACUGAAUGAACGCAAAGAUUAUUCGAUAGAAAACAAAGUCAGACCUGGUUGCAUGUCAGCUGCGAAAAAGAGCGCUCUGAAAUUUGAUGGUUCUGGUCUAUUUCACUUCAGAGUAAAUGUUAUUAAAUCUGGUUACACGUUUUGUGACUUGCAAACCUACUUUAUCAUUUUUGUUGCUGAUGCACCGAUGCCUUACCCUGCCCAGGAGCUAGUGAGAGCGAUGACGUCAUUUUGUUUUGGGUCAAUCAUACUUUUCGUGUUUUUGAUUAACUUUCAUCUUAAAUGAUCGGGAAAAAGCAUUUAUCUCCAGUAAAAUCCGGUUUACUCUGUGAUCAAACACAAAUGUUAUUGUCUUUGCAGACUAGGCUUCGCAAAUGCACUAUAAAUAAAAGUAUUCAGCUAUCCAAAGAAAUCACCAGCUGUUAAUGUUUCCUUUUGAUGAUAGGCUGCUUAAACGUACUUGCUGUUCCUUCUACCAAUUAAAAAGUUUUCAACUGAACUUUCUUUUUAAUCAAUCCACUGUUAGAGUAAUCUAUCAAGUAAUUACAUGAUAGGGCGUUACUUAUGAAUCAAAUAAUUUGCAUUAACUCGACUCUCGUUUCUGCAAACUGUCUCUACUCCCGCUUCUCAUUUCUUCGCUCCUAGGAAGAGGACAAGAUGGAAAAAUCGCAAAAAGGGUGUAUCCGAUUAGGGAAUGGUUUAUUUAUGAUUUUACAAAAAAAAGAAAGGCGUAGCAGUGUUUGCUUAUUUAGUAGGAAUUCAAUGUAUUGGAAGAACACAAUUUUAGUCCAUUCUCCAAUCAACUUUUAAACGAAGGCUUAUGACAAAUAUAGCAAGCAUUACACGGGCUUUGUCUGAGGAAAUGGCACUUCGUCCGCUUGUUUACACGUUCUUCUGAGAAAUGUCCAUCCACUUGAAUAUUUACGGUCAAAAUAACUAUUAUCCUGUUGAAUAGGCCUAAAUCGAGGUAUCUCUAAAAUGCUGAAUAU